UCCUGCUGCAUUUAAACUGUGACUUCAAAGCAGGAGGCGCUACAAAGGAAUGACUUCCAACAACAAACCUGACUGUUUCACUCCAAACAGGAAUUUCAUAUAUUUUUUUCCAUUAAGUUGCAUAAACAAAGAGAUUUAAGUUGUUGUUUUUAUUAAACUCUUAAUAUUAUUUCCUGACACUGUGACUCUCAAAAGUGUUUUGCACAUUUUGUCAUUUUACAACCAGAAACUUUGGUGUUUACUUCUUUGAAAUCGCAUCUGAUUGGCAAAGUCAACAAAGUUCAUAACUGUAAGGUGGGAGGAAGCAAUAUAGGGUUUCAACUGAGUUGAAAUAAGAAAAUGACUAAACGGUGACGAAAUAGAUACUUUUGGAAAGCACAGUCGGUUUGCUGUCACUUUGUAGCAGUUCGGUUUUGUGAUUCAGAUCACGGUAAACAAAGCUGAUUCAUUCUGUUUUCAGCAAAACCCGCGAAGGUCGCUGAUAACAUCUCUGUUUUGCAUGAGUGUGAAUGCAGUCAAACAUGCACCUGCAGAACACGGUGCGGGAAGACAGCAGCUCGCAAACAGUUCCUGAAGUUUUGGGUGAUGCACUUAGAAACGCCAUAUGUUCUGUUAAAUAUGCAAAAACUGAAAAGGAAAACUUAUAAAGGCAUCCACACACAUAUAAAAAAAAACUCGUGCAACGGGAGUAAGAAAUGUGUCUGAUAUUUCAUAAGCGGCUCGUGUUGGUUUCCUCACACAAAAACAAAACUACUGCAGUAUUUCAUUAACACACACAUAAACACACACUGCCUGUGUUUACUUUUGUUCUGAAAUAGACAGACAGUUGCCCCCUUUAUGAACGUUUGCAUGUCGGUUAAGUACUCAACAGCGCCCCUCUGUGGCUGUUUGGUUGAAUUGAGAGCAAACCUCACCUCUGUUUUGACUGGGCUGGAUACUGGAGGAUGUGCAAAGGAUUAACAUUUGGAUAAAAGUCUUUAGAAGAAGCUUAAGGUGAUAAUGCACACAAUAUACACGUUAUUCUCACAGGCUAUACUUCACACAUAACCAUCAAAAAUUCAGCAACACACACUCUGUUGCAACUGUGGAAAUGUGGCCUCCAUUUAGAAAGACAGUAUCACUCUUGUAUUUUAUGUAUCGCUGGACUUUUUUAUUAUUAUUCUUACGAGCACCUGUUGACAUGAACGGAGACACGAACGGAAGGCAAGAUAUGUAUCUCGCCUUUCUUCCUUUUGAUUUCAGUCACUGGAAUGGUGCUGCCACCACAAAGUGUUCAGGUUCAAGUUCAGUGUUGCUAAUCGGAGCACCUCCUUCUACAUGUUUUGCGCCUUCAUGGCGUGUGGCAAAUGUGACCUUCUGUGGUCUUCUUUCAUCAACUGUUUUCCUGUUCCUAUCUAUCUGAAUUAGCUCUGUGAUUAAAUGAGAUGAUGUGGUUCAGCUUGGCAUAUCCUUACUGGCUCUAAUCUCAUGUAAUCAUCAUUAAUGACUUGUAAUUACAGCGGCGUCACGACGUCGCAGCGGGACUGCGUCAGCGUCAAACGUCCUGACUGCAGAUGCCUUCAAAUGCCGGUUAGAAAUGGGUAUGACCCCGUUAUCUUUACUUCAUCGGCUUCAAGUAAAUGCCGGGUUUAGCGGUAGUUGCAGCUCAGACUGCGUAAUUAUCAUAACUAUCAUUUUUGACAUCAUGCAAAUUGACUUACAAGCGAAUUUUGAUGUCGGUUUGCGAAUGUGUCAUUUCUUAUCUCUUGCUAAAUUGAUGGAAAAUCGAAAUGGGGUGGGCCUCGGUUAGCCUUCCGGGAACUGGUAUUUCCGGGCUGCACUAAAGGCACCAGCCGCUUGCUGCCGCAUCUCUCGCUUCACCUUGCGGACGCAGCGGAAAAUAAAUUAAAAACAAUGUCAAGGAAAAGGACAACAUAGUCUCUCCGCAGCGAGUGACUGACCAUGGCCAGUCGGUGGAGAGAAGGUCAUCGCAGCCGCUCUAGGGAGCAUGGCACCAGCCUAAAAACAGCUGCUGCGCCCCGGCAACAGGAACCGUCCGGAGACACCGGGGACGCCGGGGAGUCGCUGCCGAGAUGGAUGCGGCUCUACCUCUACUGCAUGCACGGCGUGACUCUGGACGUCUUGCUCUCCUCCCUGCAGGGGGUCGUGACCAGUCGGGACCCUAAGCUGGUGGGCUUCUCCUCUCCGUAUCUGUGCCUCCUGCACAUACUGACCCACUUCGCACUGGAGAAGAUCUACUCCCAGAAGAAGUGCUUCCGAGGUCGGCCCGUGGUGUUCCACCUGGUCUUUUAUCCGUCUGUCUACAUCGGACUGCAGAUCCUCGUCGGCAACAUCAACACUCUGACCGAGCAGGUGCGAGUGGUGUCUGGGACGCAGCUGGUGGUCCAUUACAUCCUGGCUUUGUAUUUCUCCCAGGUGUUCCACAGAGGGCUCGCGCACCUGCAGUACCAGCCCACCUCCCGCUGCGCCGACCUCUGGAGGAGCCUCGGCGGUCCGGAUCAUCAUCAUCAUCAUCAUCAUCAUCAUCCUUCAGGUGGACUUUCCGGGUUCGCCCGGUUCUUGUUUUUCGGCAUGCACGGCUUCCUGGACGAGGUGUUGUUCACGUCUCUGUUCAACCUGGCGGAGAAAGGGGUUAGGGCCACCGGGGGCCACACGUCCCUGUGGUCCUUCCUGAUGUACGGCAGCUGCAGCUUCGUGGUGGAGAAGCUCUACUUCCACCUGCACUUCGGGAGAGGCUGGGGGACCUGGCGCCGCCUGCCCAUCUACAUCUGCUUCAUUUACACCUGGGAGUUCUGCUGCGGGCUGACGCUGAGGCAGUUUGAUGCCUGCUCCUGGGAUUACUCCCACUAUCCGCACAAUUUCAUGGGACUCAUCACCCUCCUGUACCUCCCGGGCUGGCUGAUCCUGAGUCUGUACCAGGAUGUGCUGUCUAACGUGCUGCUGAGAAUAAGGUGCACCAAAGACCCAGACUGCGGGAGUGGGGAGAAUGGAGAGGUCAACGGACAACUGGAGUCCAAGAAAAAAUAACUCUUCAUGCAAAAUCAGCUUCCUAACGGAUCAAUUAAGGAAAAAUGAUUCAGGUUCAUCUCAGCAACUUGGACCGUCUACAACAAGUUCAUACGUUUCUGUAAUUCCGUUCAAAAUGUGAAACUCUUAUUUUAAUCGACAGGUUUAAUAUCUGAAGCAUUUGCUUACUUUGAGAAUGUUGGCUUCCCAAAAUUCAGCUUCUCAAAAGUCUCAAACCGUAAGAAGGCUGGCUCCGUAUUUGUGCAAAAUGUAAAAGAGGUAUAUUUUCCAGUUUGCAACUAAUGGAAAAAAAACCUCAGUCUGUGAAAGGUAUCAUAUACAACUACUUUAAAAAGAAAAAUCACACAUACAAAGUAUACCCGUGUACUAUGCAAUAUAAUGACUACUAUGACUACGUCCAAGUUGCUUCAGGAUUGACUUUUUUUUUUUCUUCUAUCAUUUUACCUUCCACUAAACUUUCCAAUAAUGGGCUUGUAACAGUACUCUGAACAGCCACUUCUUUAGUAAUGAUUCUUCCUUGUAAAUGCUGACAUUCCUUUUUUUAUAUUGGUAUUAGUAUUCCAGUUUUCUGGGAAAAUAUAUUUCAUUGUUUUUAAACCAUAAUAUUAAUGGGACACUUAUAUCAAUCUGUGUCUAACGUGUGGGUUUCACUUUAGUUGAAUUACUGAAAUAAUUUAACUCUUUAACUCUUUUAUGUCAUAUUUUAUUGAACAUGUUCUGAUGUUUCACUUUCUGACACCCAGCUGAGACCAUUGACUCUUUAUUGAACCUGUUUAAAUUACAUGAACUUACUGCCGUUUUCCUCUGUGUAGUGUAAAAACUGAAACUUCUAAAAUAAGAACAUUUUCUAUUUUGAUAUGUUUACAACUGUAACUGCUCUUUUUCUCAUGGAGUUCAUCUGCAGACCAGAGCUGGCCCAAAGUAUCGUGCAAAACAAAGCGUGUGACACCUGACAGCUUCAGUGUUACGUUCUGUAAAUUAGAGCAGCUAGACUGCAGCAAGCUUUAUGGAAUAAAUUAUUUUGUGGUUAAAUAAGUUAAAACGUUAAAAGAAACCCAAGUGGAUUUUUGUGCUUUCCUUUCUUUUUAUGUGUGCGCUACGUUCAACUCGUUUGUAAAUUUAAAGACAUAUGACCCGAUUUUAUCUUUUGAUGUAAGUUUUGAUCGCAAGCGAGGCUUGCAAGUCAAACUUUGUUCAGGGACCCACACUGCCUUGGUCCGGCUCUUGUGCAGAAUCACCAGUGGAGGAAUUAUGGGUAGUUUUUAAUCGCAGCAAGUCUUUUGGCAUGCCGUAACUCCUGCACAUACCUGCAUGCUGAAACUGUGUAGAAAAUUUUCAAACUUUUUUAAAACAAAGUACAAUGCACUGAAUGCUGCCUGAUGUUUCAAAGUCAGUAUUUCCAGAGCUUGAAUUUGUCUGUUUGAUUCUAUAUUUUGUUUGGGUUUUUUUUUUUAGAGAGUUUUCCAUAAACCACCAAAAGAGAAAGUUCAAAAUUAAAAAGUAAAGUUCCAGUAAAUUGUUAGAAGGAGCUGAGAGGACUGCCUUUAAACUUUUAAUGGAAAUUCACUUUAAAAAUCCUGAACUAUUCCUUUAAAGUUAUCGCAUAUUAACCCAGGUGUAAAUGUAGCAAUGCAGCACCUUGAGGAGAGCAGAAAUUUGGAACCACGUGGGAUUACUGUGAAUUUUUCAUGAACCAAACAUUACUGGAGUGCCUUUCUGUGCAAACAGAGACUCGAUUAAACAUAACAUGACUCCUGCAAGUGCUGCAGCCAUGGAUCCCAGCAUCCCAGACAGAUUACACAUUGGAAACUUACAUCGGUUUGAGUGCUCACUAAUGGAAAAAACAUGCCCUUGUAAAACUGAGAAAAACAAUUGUGUAAAUGUUUUAUGUUUUUUAAUAAGAAAGUGAAUUUCCGUCUUGUAUAUAAUUCCCUAGAUCCAUUUGGAAGUGCAAUUGUCCCAGAUACAGACUACUCUGGAUAAAUAUCAUUCAACUUCUUAAAGCACUGAGGCUGGCUUGGUGAUUUUGUUGGUUUGCUCUAUGGACUCGGCAGCUAUACUGGUGUUCUUUAACAUUUCAAAUAUUUAUGCCAUUUACUGCAUGAUUGAACGACGUUGCACAUCCUAAACAUAUUCCUUGACCGCAUAACUGUACUUUAACCAUGCUUCGCAUUUGUUUUGAGCACUUUCACGAAGAAAGAGACCAAAAACGAGUUUGAAAAAUCAAU